CGGGCCGUGCCCGAGGGGCGGAGCGAUGGCGGUGCCGGCGGAGCGUGUCUCUUACAGGUUCGCCGUGCUGCUCUUCAACUGCCUCCUCACCUUCGGCUCCUACUUCUGCUUCGACAUGCCCGGCGUCCUGCAGCAGCAGUUCCAGGGGAACUUGACCUGCCCCAAUGGAACCCACCAUAACAGCACUGGGCACAGUGGCGCGCUGGAGUGUGUGGAAGGCUUGGGAAUGACCCCAGCUCAGUACAACCUGCUCUACGUGAUCUAUGCCUGGACAAAUGCAGUAGUGGUUAUUCUGGCUGGAUUCCUGAUUGAUAAACUGGGAAAUCACUUUGGUGUCUUUGUUUUCUCUCUUCUCACUGUGCUGGGAUCAUCCCUCUUUGCUCUAGGCUCACACUUUAAGGGCUCACCAUACCUCCUUCCAAUGAUGCUAACAGGAAGACUGCUCUUUGGCUCUGGGAAUGGGUCACUUACUAUUGUGCAGAAUCGUAUCACAGCCUUCUGGUUCAAGGGGAAGGAACUGGCACUGGCUUUUGGACUGACUCUGUCCUUCUCCCGUCUUGGGAGUGUCCUCAACUUCUUCUUCACCCAGCAGUUUGAGGCAAAGUUUGGAAUGCAGUGGACUCUCUGGGGAGGGAGCCUGCUCUGUGUGCUGGGGCUUGUUUCAGCCCUCACAGUCAGUGUGCUGGAUAAAGUGGGCAUGAAGCAGCUGGGCUUGGAUGGCAUUAUCCAGCAAGAAUCCAAAAAAGUGCGAAUUCAGGACAUCCAGCACCUUCCCCUUCGCUACUGGCUCCUGGUCCUCACCAUCAUGUUCUUCUACAACGGAGUGUUCCCCUUCGUGGCCGAUGCCAGCAAGUUUAUCCAGGAUAAAUAUCCCGGUUACAGUCAGCAGGCAGCGGCUUACAUUGCUGGGGCAGUGUACGACAGCUCCCUUGUCCUCUCCGCAGCAGUUGGCAUUUUAAUUGACUACGUUGGACUGAGAGGUGUCUUUGCUGUUGGCUGUGCCACGCUGACUCUGCCCAUCUUCGCUCUCCUGGCCUUCACGUUUGUGCCUCCGCUGGUCUCUACCAUCUGGCUGGGGAUCACUUACUCCUUCGCUGCAGCUAGUAUGUGGCCAUCUAUACCCCUUGUGGUGCCCCAAGCGACUUUAGGGACAGCGAUGGGGCUGGCAACUUCUGUGCAGAUGGUUGGAGUUGGCCUUUCAAAUCUGAUUGUUGGAUACAUGCUGGGAACAAAGUCCAGUGAACUAAAGAUCCCCCUGUGGCGCUGGCAACAGAUGAUGAUCUUUAUGCUGGCAAACACUGUCGCCUGCAUCAUUGCCUCCAUUGGCCUCAAUGUUGUGGACAAGAAACAGGAUGGGACGCUGAACAGAACCAGAAAGAGAGCACCCAUGGGGCAGGACAGAGACCCCGCAGAUGCAGCACAGCUCCUUGAGGAUGAAACGAGAACCGAGGGCUCUGUCAGCUGAACCUUGGCAGGGAGAGAACCAUGGCCCUGCCAGACACAGCACUGGUCACUUCUGCCUGAAAGCAGAUUUUAGCCUGUGUACUUUAAACAUCUUUAAAGGGAAUCUUGAAGGGAAUUGUCUACAAAAAGGGAAUGUUUCCACUUUCUUAUGCCUGGCACAGCAGUGGAAGGGGUGUGCUCUGUGGUUCUUGGGCAUUCUUCAACACCCCCCCACCUGCAUGGGGCACGUUAAGGACCACACUGCAGCCACUGAAGCUCACCCAGCUAACCUUGUUCAUGAACCAUUAGACAGCUGCUUGUCAGCCUUGCAGCACAGCUGCCUGCAGAGGUGUGCCUGCCUGCUCUGCCACAAGAAUCCUGCACAGCAGCACUUGCUAAUCCAUACAGGGUUAGCCUGAUGUUUUACUCCCUGCUCUAGAUUAGCCUCUUUCACAAAUCACAUGCGUGUGCAAGUGACACCAUCAUUAUUCUUUAGGCAGGAGCCUGAAUUAAUCAAAUUGAUGACCUUUUGCACACAAGCCUAGCUUAAUUGCUUAUUACUUUACUAGAAAUGCUUCUGUAAGCCGUGCCUAUUCAUUGCCCUUCAAAAGCAUAAAGGGUUUUGAUCUGGAA